AUGCGCUGUCUAAUGGUACUCUCGCUGUCAUUAUUCCUACAAGAGGGUCAGAGUGAUUUACUUCGUGACAGCGUCCACGUAACUUCAGCAGCGGCUCGGCCCAAUAAUGAAUUGUGGUGUUACAAAUGUCUGGCAGAGGUUCCCGAGGAUAAAUGUGCAGACUUGCGGCACAACAACUCUGCGCUUAUCCAUAAGUGCCACAACGACCGGCGGAUGUGCAUGGUAAAAAGAUUCUCUUUUACGACUUCGAACGAAAAUGCCACGACUGCUUUGAAAAUGUGGGCUCUUGAACGUAAUUGUACGAAGCAUUGCGAACCCGGUUGCAUCGUCAUCGGAGAGAGGACGAAGCUUUACGCAUGCACCUCCUGCUGUACUACUUCUCUCUGCAACUAUGGCUCUGGAGCUAAUGGACAAUUUUUUAAUAACGUCGUAAUCUUAGUUGGAUUUAUAAGCCUUAGUUUAUAUUUAUAA